ACUACGUCAUUUCUUGCUGAGUUAUCUGAGUUGUUGACCAGGAUUAUUUCCAUGGUUUUAUGACGAAGGAUUAGAGUGUUAGAACAAAGAAGGGAAAAACUAUAUUUAAUCUAUCAUUAAAGCUAAAACUGAUAUACAAGAAAAUACUCAUUGAUCCAAUAUAAAGGUACCUUUUUUCGGUGAAACGAAACCAUGGAUUAUAGUUUCUUUACCUUCUCAAUAGCAUCGUUUCUGCUAUUUUGUGGUACUCACUGUGUUCCUUUUCUGGCGAACUCCAAAGUUAAAGAAAUCAAGCUUGUUGUAAAUGAAACUGCUGAGCUUCCAUGUUUGGCGUUUGAGGAACCCAAAGAAGAUUUUCACUGGGUCUUUCCAGAUGGGAAUGUUGUUGAUAAAACGGCAAAAGACAAAUCAUUUCACAUUAUCCACGAAAAUGCUUCCCUUAUAUUUUCACCAGUAGAUAUCACCGAUGGUGGUCUAUAUAUAUGUAUUGCUGGAAACCAGAAAACUUUUAACAAAGCUUCUUUUGUGCAUAUGGAAGUUAAGCCUAUUCCGGUUGUUUUGUCCACGUGGGAAAAGUAUAAAUCUAAUGCAGAAACAGGGCUUAUUGCAGCAGCUUGCGCAGCGGCAAUUAUAAUUAUCCCUUGCCUACUCUAUAAGUUUCAGUGGAAACCACGAGAGAAGAAAUCUACCCAGAAAGAAGUUGAACCAUCUAAUCAAGAUUCGCCAGAACCCACAGUAGUUUCGUCAAACCAAACUCCAGAUCCUGGUUCAUCGCUAUCAACUGAGAAUAUUAAACCAGUUGCUGAAGAAGAAGCAACAAAACCAGAAUCAGUGAGUCAAAAUAAUGCUGUUGCAGCUGCACCAGACGAAAACAUAAAACAAAUCGUUGAAGAAACGGCAACAUCUUCGUCAGCUAGUAAAAAUGAUGACUUAACAUAUCCACUAGUGAUAGAGUCUGAUUCAGCCGAAAAUGAAACAGUAGCCCAAGAAUCCGAUUCAUCAGCCUAUGAAAACAAAGGGUCUGAAAUAUUUGAAUAAUUACAAAACGUUUAUCAACUUAUAAACGUAUAACUUUUGAUAAAUUACCUAUAAGCAAAAUCUUCUGAAUAGUGUAAACUCUUUGAGAUCAGUGUAUGCUAAUCUACAGUGUGACAAGGAAAUAUAUUUCUGUUAAGGUAAAUAUGAAGCCAUUGUUUUUACAAGUGUUUUCUAGCAUAAUUUUAUUCGUUUAUUUUAGUUUAGUAAUAUUUAUUGCUUUAGUAAAACCAAAUGAAUAUGAAGGCUGAUAUGUAAUUAAUAUUGCUUAAAAAUUUAUGAAAUAAAUCACGAAAGU